AUGCUUAAUAUGGCCAACGAGCAGCCCCUCGACGCCUCCAAGUUGAGUUGCACAUACACCACUAGUCCUCGAGAAGUCCCAAGCGAAGCCACUCUCCGUAAAAGUGGCCAAACGAUAUGCACGGACCAUAUGAUCACUGCCUCUUGGACGGCCGGCGCUGGUUGGUCCGCGCCUGAGUUGAAGCCUUUCGGCCCUUUGAGUCUUUUGCCAAGCGCAUCAUGCCUGCAUUACGCCUAUGAAUGCUUUGAGGGUCUCAAGGCUUACCGGGGCGACGAUGGAAAGCUGCGUAUGUUUCGUACCGAUCGAAACUCUCGUCGUUUUUUGAUGUCCGCGGGCCGUAUCUCUCUGCCUCAAUUCGAGCCCGAUGAGCUGGAGAAGCUUAUCCACAAAAUGGUGUCGGUCGAUGGCUCAAAAUGGCUCCCGAAGGAGCGUGCCGGGCAGUUCCUUUAUGUGCGCCCAACAAUGAUAGGCACUGAUUCACAGCUUGGUGUGACAGCACCUCAAGAAGCUCUGCUUUAUAUCAUCCUUGGUUUCACACCCCAAGUGGAUACUCCUCUGGGCGGGAAACGCUUGCUGACUUCGCCAAAUGACAUGGUCCGGUCGUGGGUCGGAGGAUUCGGCUUUGCGAAAGUUGGAGCUAACUACGGCCCGUCAGUCUUGGCAAAUCAAGAAGCAAUUCGGCAAGGAUAUCACCAGAUCCUCUGGCUGUAUGGCCCAGAGGGCUUUUGUACCGAGGCCGGUGGCAGCAACUUCUUUGUUCUGUGGAAUCGCAAGGAAGACGGGAAGAGAGAGCUGAUCACUGCUCCAUUGGAUGACCAGCUCAUCUUGGAUGGCGUUACUCGUCGGAGUUGCAUUGAGCUGGUGAGAGAGCGCUUGGACCUCGAAGUCACCGAACGGAGGUUUACAAUUGAUGAUCUGCAAGAGGCGGCUGCUGAGAAUCGACUGAUUGAAUCCUUUGCGACAGGUACUGCUUGGUUUAUUACCCCCAUAUCCCAGAUCCACCACCGUGGACAGGAUAUCAAUAUCCCAACUGGUCCCGAUGGUGGCCCUGCUGAGAUCACCGGAAAGAUUAAAGCAUGGUUGGGAGACAUGAUGUAUGGACGCGCUCAGCAUGGUUGGAUAACAGUCAUCCCUGAAGAGUCCUUGGAAUAA